GGGGUCCACUGUGUGGACUAAACGCCGCUGGUUCCUCAUCCGGGUUCCGCGACGUCCGCUGCGAUUGGCGGUCCGGCUCACGUGGUAAAAGUAACUUUACAGGGCUGCUCGCAAGUAGGAGGGCUUUAUGGAGCAGAAAAACGACAAAGCUAGAAAAAUUAUUUUCCACUGCAGAAAUUAAUGAUCAUGAGCUCGUAUUUGAUGGAGUCCAACUACAUUGAUCCGAAAUUUCCUCCAUGCGAGGAAUAUUCGCAAAACAACUACAUCCCCGAGCACAGCCCCGAAUAUUACGGCCGCGCCAGGGAUCCGGGCUACCAGCACCGGCAGCACCAGCAGCAGCAGCAGCAGCAGCAGCACCAGGAAUUGUACCCGCCACCGCGGGCCAGCUACCAAGAGCGCCAGUACAACUGUGCAAGCAUCCCCGAGCCCGACACGCCGCGGGCUCACGCGGGAAUAGCCCACUCGGCGCACCUGCUCGCGGGCAAGGGCCAGCCCGCGUCCUGCGAGACCCCCCACUUGCCCAUGUCCCCCGCCACCCCGCCGACCGCAGCCUCCGCCUGCAACCAAGCCCUGCCGGAGCACCCCAACAGCGCCGCCUCGUCCAAGCAGCCCGUGGUGUACCCGUGGAUGAAGAAGAUCCACGUCAGCGCCGUCAACUCGGGCUACAACGGGACCGAGCCCAAGCGGUCUCGGACAGCAUACACCCGCCAACAAGUCUUGGAACUGGAGAAGGAGUUCCACUAUAACCGCUAUUUGACUCGGAGGAGGCGCAUCGAGAUCGCCCACACGCUGGUUCUGUCCGAACGCCAGAUCAAAAUCUGGUUUCAGAACCGCAGGAUGAAAUGGAAAAAGGACCACCGGCUCCCCAACACCAAAGUGCGCUCGUCGUCCUCCUCGUCGGGCUCCAACGCCGCUCCUGCGGCCGGCGCGGGGGCCCCGUCCUCGGCCGCCAAGGCGGGGGCCUCCGACGAACUACUGAGCGGAGCGCAGCACGGCGACGACAUUACCAGCCGCGCGGAGGUCGCGAGUUGAAACCCGGGUCGCGCUGAUGACGUCAUCGCUCAUCGACCACAACCGCCGGCUGCGCCCGAAAUGGCCCGGAUCCCAAUUUUGUGCUCACGUAAUUUGCAUUUUUUUUUUUUAUUUUUUAAAAAAACAUUUUGGAAAAAACCGCAGCAAAUUUCGCGAUCGGGGAAAAACGACAGAAGAAAACUUUGAUGGAGUUAUAAUAACUUAUAUAACAAUCACAAUUGAAGUUAUGAUAAUCAAUUUGUUUUAAGCAGAUGUCCCAAAACGCCAUUUCAUUUGUUUAUUUUAUUUUUAAAUCAGCAUUGUCAUAAUUGGAGUUGUGCUUUUAUUGGCUGUAGUUAAACGUGCACAGCUGUAGUAAUUGUAAUUUCCCAUUUAGUGAAAAUUGCAAGUACAUUGAACAGCAACGCAGACCACGACCACAAUCAUUUACAGAGGUGAUCAAUUCAUAUUUCUCCGACAGGGACAUUAUAUUUUUUGUUGACAGUUGUUCGCUUGUGCAAAACUGUAAAAAUAAUGUGAUUUGAGUGGCGGUUCGAGCUCCGGCCCCGCCUGUGUGGCUUUUUCUCCGGGUGGGCACUCCGCCUUCCUCCCACGUAACCAAAAUAUGCUCGCAUCCAUUGGAGAGUCUGCGUUGGUGAGGUUGAUUGGUUGGUUGUCUCCAUGUGCCCCGCGAUUGGCCGGCGACCAGUUGAGGGCGUACCCCGCCGCCAGCCCGAAGAUAUCCGGGAUAGGCCGCGGCACUCGUGAGGAUGAGCGGCGGCUGGAUGAUUUGAGUCACUCUCGAUUUGAGCUGAAUGUGAUAGCAAAUCCAUUUUUGGGGGGGUCUCUUUUAAUGUUAACUUUUGGUUUGUAACCGUAAAGACAGAAAAGCGGUUCGACGUCCCUUUGCCCUCAAACACGGCUGCGUGUCCGAAUCAUUCGGAACAGCCCGAUGACGCGGUGUUGUAUGACUUACACAGUAUUUCACGACUUACGCGCUCAGCCCCAGUCAGAACUCAACCUGCGGCAUUUGCAUUUCGAAUCCAAGCGCAUCGUAACCCGCUUUUCCACAUUCCAGUUCUGACGCGACUGCGGCCGAUGUGCGCAUGCGCGACCCAGCGGCCCAGCGUUCCAGAACCGAGCGGCGUUUGUGCGCAUGCUCGACCGCUUUGCGUCCCUCCUCUUGUGUGUGUUUUGCACGUCCGGCGCGUUUCGGGCCCACUUGUGGAGUGGUCCCUUUCUUUUGGACUCGUGUUGUUUACGUACAGCAACGGAACCGUAAAUCUUGCUCGUGUGCCAAACGGCGCCAUUUGUAUGCAGCGUUUUCACCUCUGUGGCCAUUAAGGCCCCCCUCCCUCGGGUUCAUUUUAUCUGGCCGGCCACCGGCUGCGCAUGCGCAGGCGCACCCCACACCGGGUCAGCGUCUCCGGCAAACGAACACGAGGGCUGAUCCGGGCGGAGAAUUCUCGAAAGCCACCAUUUGUUCCGCAUUUCACAUGCCAACGAGUUCCGAUUCGCCGUUUUGUCAAAGUGAUUGUUUGCAAGAACAAACCUUUGUUCAACAUUUAUUGAUUGUUUUGAGCAAGCGCCAGAGAAGUGGGGGAGGGGAGUCAAGAGAGCUUCUCGGGUGUGGGGGGGGGGGGGGCUGGCGGUAGACACCCACAGCGAGGCAGAAAAGUGAUUCAUUGCCACCCAAGAGGUUCAAACAGAGUUCACGGAGAAUCGCGGAGAAGGCGCAGGAGCUGAAUGAUGGUCUCGGUGGCCCGGAGAGAGCAAAAACGUCUUCAACGCCGUGUGGACGCAAGAGGCGAGGGGGGGGGGGGGGGGGGCUGGGGCAAGGAGACGCCCCCCAACUGGGAGAUUUUCUCAAAUAGGGCGCCGUCGCUUCAUUUACAUCGGGGAGUAGUCGUCCACUCCCCCCCCCCACCCCCAUUCUAAAUUUCAUUGAUGAAUUUCAAUUUCGAGCCAACAUAUCUUUUAGGUCUCAUUCAGCACCAAAAGGUUGUUUUUUUAAUAUCGUUUUAUUUCGAGUGGCAAAUGUAAGGAUAAAAUGGAUUCUUAUAUUCUAUACACUCAAUAUUGCAUGAUUUUGAAGGAUUGAUAUUUUCCCAUCCAGUUUGUGGAAAUGUAAAGAGGUCAGCGAAGUGAGCAGAAGGCGCAGUUGAAAGACGUCAGUGCGACGCGGAAGGCGGUUCGCUCCAAUUCUUUCUGGUCCGACAAAUAAAAUAAACGAAAAAAUAAAAAUGAAAAAAAAAUCCCACCGUAAGAAAUUGGAGGCUCAGCUGGCGUUUCCUUUUAAUAACGACAUAUUCCAUAAUUACAAAGGCGCACGAUAUUUCCAAGACUCGUUGGUCUCUCUCUCUCUCUCUCGUGCGCUCUCUCUCUCUCUCUCUCUGACGUCACUCGUCUUU